AUGGCCGUGGAGGAGGAAAGUUUCGAGGGCAUACCGCCCGACGAGAAUCGUGAGAUCUGGGACGAUGCCGAGUACAAAUUCUGGACAAACUUCCAGACUGAGUGCAAGGAGUGGCGCGACGCGCGCGAGGCCAAAUACAGCCGCGAGACAACCGACCUGCGCGUGCAAUUGAGCGAGCUGAGCGGUAAGCGCAAUGCGAUACAUGAGACCUACACGCGUCUCCGAGCACAACUGGCCCAGACGGAAGACGAGUUGAGCGACGUCUCGCAGCGCCUGGCAGCCAAGGAGUCCGAGUUCGGCAGCUUGAAUGAUGUUCAUCGCAUCGAUGUGGAAACGAAGCACAAGGAAUGGGAACAUCAAAUGAGGGUCAUGACCAACUUUUUUCGCGAGAAACGAGGCGACCAGCCUUUACCCGACGAUGCGACUAUUGAGCCCCCUGAGUUUAUGGCGCCGCCUAAGCUUCUACCGGAAUACCGCGCUCGCCCUCUCCCGAUCGCGCCAUCACCGCCUCGCGGACAAUCUUUUGAACCACCACCACCGCCGUCCACGACAUCAGCAGCAGCAGCAGCGCCAGCAGCGCCAGCAGCGCCAGAAGCGCCAGAAGCGCCAGCAGCGCCCAAGUCAGCGCCCCCCAGUGAGCCGUCCCACGAGGAAAUCCUGGCCAGGGAAGCACUCGCUCAGUCGGCGCUUGCCCCAUCACCUGCAAAGCCGUCUCCACCCAGGGCACCUCAAGCUACUCAUCCUACCCCGAACGGACACUGGGAUAUCCCUCAAAACCAAGAGCAACGGCGCCCCGAUGCCUCGACGAGCUCGCCGAGAGUGGAAGAUGCACAAAGUCGCGUUGUCCGUGAUCUUGAGACGCGACAGCGGGAAGAGCGCGAGAAGCGAGAAUGGGAACGACGUGACCAGGAAAUCCGCGAAAGAGAUAUCCAGGAGCAAGUGCGCGAGCGUGAGCGUCGUGACAGGGAAGCCGUGCGCGAACGAGAGAUUGCUCCCGACCCCCUCACCCCCAUUCCCAUGCUCAUGCUCAUGCUCAUGCUCAUCCUCAUGCUCAUCUUCAUGCUCAUCCUCAUGCUCACCCUCAUGCUCAUCCUCAUGUCCAUGCCCACCCGCAUUUCCAUGCUCCCGAACCCGCGCAUCCUCACCAUCUGA